UCCAUUUCUCUCUCUCUCUCUCUCCCCCCUCGAUGUCUCUCCGUUGAUUCUCUCUUGAUUCUGCAACUCAGAAGCCUUGUAAAAAAUGUCUUCUGUGCAGGCUUCUUCUUCUUCUUUUCUGCUUCUCGACAGGCGGCGAAGAAGUCUAGGGGUUCCUCGAUCUUGUAGUUUUAGCGGAUGGCUGAACUCCAAGUUUUCUUCUGGUGUUCGUCUUCAGAAAAUCAGGCCAUUGCGAUUCCUUACUUUUGCUCUACACGGUGGAAUCGGUUCUUCUUGGUUGCCGUCCGAUGGAGGGGCCUCCGACGGCUAUGGUGGUUGGUCAGUCAAGGAUCCUCUGCUGAAGGAAGCAAAUAAAGCGUCGACGAACGUUUCUUACGUGGGAGCUGGCGUUUCGUUGGCAGUGUUUCUUGCCGCGGUUUCUUAUUGCUCGGUUUGGGGCAAAAGUAUGAAUCUUGGUCCAAGACUUCAGUAUACUGGACCAUUUCUUGUUGAUUGGGUCUUCAGAUCAAUGAAUACCGUGCUUCAUGUGCCUACUGAAAUGGCCGAAUCAGAUUCCUCUAAUGUAAAUCAAGCUGGAGAGACGAACCAGGAAAGUGACACUGGAGUUGCAUGCUAUGAUGGUGAAAUUUUGGAAAAGCAUGUUUCAGAUACAACACCAAAGCCUGAAGUUUUGAUAAUUCCGGUCCCUCCAGAUGCCACUCAACAAGAAGCAUUGUCUGUACUCAAGAAGCUGAAGAUUAUAGAACAAGACGUGAACCCAACAGACUUGUGUACAAGGAGGGAAUAUGCAAGAUGGUUAGUCAAAGCAAAUUCAUUCCUGGAAAGGAAUCCCCAACAUCGUAUUUCUCCUUCAAUUCUUAGUAACGUCUCCUCAACUUAUGCAUUUCAAGAUAUUGGAUUUGAUGACCCUGAUUUCUUAUAUAUCCAAGCCCUUGCUGAAUCUGGCAUUCUACUCAGUCAUGUGAGUGCCAAGAGCUUUGGAUCCUCGGAUGGUGCCAGUGGUGAAGCCCCAACCAUUCUGAAUUUUUAUCCAGAAAGUUUCUUAUCCCGUUUGGAUCUUAUAAACUGGAAAGCCAAAUUGGAGUAUUCUUUCUUUGCUGCAACAGACGAAAGGAUGUCAAGGAAUAAAGUGAAUUUUAUUGAUAUCACAUCAGUUGAUCAAGAAGAAUUUCAAGAGUUCAUCCUCGACAUGCAGGCUGGUGAUAAGAGUAUAGCAAGAAAAGUUUUUGGGUAUAGCAAGCGAUUUCAGCCUGACAAACCUGUUACCAAAGCUCAAGCUGCAGUAGCAUUGAUCAGUGGGAGGAUGUCAGAUGCAAUUCAUGUGGAGUUAUCAAGGCUUGAAUCUGAGAGGUUGUCAAUGGAGGCUGAAUCGCAGGAAAUCAGGUCCGAGUUGAUGCUCAAGGGUGACAUAGAGAGAUUUUGGGAAGAAAAGAUAUCUCAAGAAAAAACUAGAGGUGCUAUUGUGGACAGGCAUUUGAUGGAAGUCAUGGCUGCAUUGCAAGAGGAGAAAAGGGAUCAAGAUGAAUGUUGGCCUGAAUUCCUCAAGGAACAAGCUGCAUUAGACUGCCAACAGAAAUUGUUGGCCAAUCUCAAGGUAGAAGUGGAUGAUAUGUCUAACAUGCUUAUGUCAGAGAAGGAGAAAUUUCUUAUAGAGCAGAGAAAUUUAGAAGAGAGAUUUGCUGAAUCUCUUGCAAGAAAAGAAGCAGUAGUUGAAGCAAAAUCUGUUCUGGAGGCUGAGAUUGAAGCUGUCAGGAUAUUCAGAAAUUGGGUCGAAGAUGAAGCCAGGCGAAAUCAGAGGCGUUCCAGAGUUCUGGAGGAUGCUCGGAGAAGGUGGUGCGCGGGUGACUCUAGGGAAUACAAUGGAUCAACAGAAAAUGGAGUGGUGUAAAACUGAGUUGCUGCCCCUUUUUUCUCCCGCGUUCAUUGUAAGAAGUUUCACUUCAUGUUUCAUCUUCCAGUAAUCAGUGUGUAGUUUUCGUUGCAGUUUUUAAAUGAUUAAAUAACAAGGCCAUUUUGAACGAGUA